ACAGUAUGCAAAAUGGAUGUUGCAGGGCUUGGAACAUUUCUUCUUGUGCUCAUAACAUUCAUAUUAACCCUUUCCUCAUGGAACACAAUGUACAAGAAAGUUAACCUUCCUCCUGGUCCUACUCCUCUUCCUCUAAUUGGAAACUUGAUGAAUAUAAAGAAAGGCAAGAUGGUUAAUUCUCUUAUGAAGCUGUGGGAGCAGUAUGGAGCAGUUUAUACAUUAUACUUUGGCACAAAACGUAUUAUUGUCCUUUGUGGUUAUGAUGCAGUUAAAGAAGCACUUGUUAAUCAAGCUGAAGAUUUUGGAGCUCGUGGAAAAAUAAGUACCUUAGAUCCAGUGACCCAAGACUAUGGACUCAGUUUUAGCAAUGGAGAACGUUGGAGGCAAAUGCGUCAUUUCACUUUGAAGACCCUGAAGAACUUUGGAAUGGGAAAGAAAAGUAUAGAAGAGAAGAUUCAGGAGGAGGCUCUGUGUUUGGUUGAGGAAAUUAGGAAGUCUGGAGAAACACCAGUUGAUCCUUCAAAACUAAUUAUGGAUGCUGUGUCCAAUGUAUUCUGUUCCAUUAUGUUUGGAAGGCGGUUUGAGUACAAUGAAGAGAAAUUUUCAAACCUACUUACUAAUGUGAAUGAGAUUUUCCGCCUUAUGAGCAAUACAUGGGGUCAGCUUGAAAGCAUUUUUCCCAGUGUAAUGGCAUACAUUCCAGGACCCCAUAAGAAGAAAAAUACACUUUCAGAAGAACUGAUUUCAUUCUUGCACGAGAGAGUGAAGUCCAACCAAGAGACAUUUGAUCCUAGUGCCCCUAGAGAUUUCAUUGACGAAUAUUUGAUGAAAAUAGAGCAGGAAAAAAAGAAUCCCAAUUCCGAAUUUACUAUGAGGAACACGUUACUGACAUUUUUCAGCAUUUUUCUUGGAGGAACAGAGACAUCUACAACCACUAUCAAGCAUGGUCUGCUACUGUUGAUCAAGUAUCCGGAAAUACAAGCUAAGCUUCAUAUGGAAAUUGACCAUGUGAUUGGAAGAAACAGAAUUGUGAAUAUAAAUGAUCGCAAUGCAAUGCCCUAUAUGGAGGCUGUGAUAAAUGAAAUCCAACGAUUCAGUGACAUUGCCCCUUUAAAUGCUCCACGAAAGGUCACUAAGGACGUACAGUUCAGAGGAUAUAGCAUUCCCAAGGACACAGAAAUCUACCCAUUGCUAUGUACUGUUCACCGUGAUCCCAAGUACUUUUCCUCUCCAUAUGAAUUUAACCCUAGCCACUUUUUGGAUGAACAAGGCAGAUUCAGGAAAAGUGAAGCAAUGAUGGCAUUCUCAGCAGGUAAACGGAUCUGUCCAGGAGAGAGCCUUGCUCGCAUGGAACUCUUUUUAUUUUUUACCACCAUUCUACAGAACUUCACUCUCACCUCACCAACACAUUUUACUGAGGAUGAUGUAGCUCCAAAAAUGGCAGGGUUUAUGAACCAUCCUAUUCAAUAUAAGGCCUCAUUUAUUUCUCGCUAAUCCAUGCUUUGUGCUAAGUGCAUAGAGAGUGAGAGUAUAAUCAUAUGUAGUUUGCUUUAUAGGUGCAGUUGGGCAGUUAUUAAAUAGGUCCUCUGCAGUUUCUUAUGUGGAAGACUAGAAUUCAGGGGUGCUGCUAGGUCUUAGAAUCUAGGGCAUUUGCCUCUUGUAAGGCUUCAUUAGUUCUAAAGUAGGCAAAGUCUAUAGCAAAGCUUCUGUAGCUCAACAGGGUUUGCCCUGGUUAGGAGGUAGAUGUAAGACUUCAUUUUUUAAUUAACAAUGAGCAAAUUAUUUUGCCAGGUUUGGUUUCGUAAAAAUUAGCAUGUGUCAAAGAAAACUCAUGCGCAGUAAAAAAUUGUUGCGUAAUAUCGGUGUUUUGCAAAUUUUUUGCCAUUUCGCAAUUUUUUCACAGUGAAGUAAAACAGGUCAGAUUUGCUUACCACUACUAUUAAUUAUAUAAAGGUUUUAAAGAAACAGUUUUGUUUAAUUUUGGGCAAACAUUUUGGACAGAUGUAUUCCCUAUACAGGGCCCUCCAUCCAUUCACCUUUCAAUUAACAUCUAGACCUAGUUUGUCAUGAGGACCAUUCAUGCACCCAAUUGGGGGCUCUCCAUCCUCUCAAAUAAAUAAGUGUGAAAACAUUUUAGACAUAUUUCACCACAGAGGGCCCUGCUGGAGAUGAUAUAAAACAAUAGGAAAUAGUGGAGUAGUGAUUACAUGUGCUCCAUGCAUACAAAAUAUUUCAGUUGGUGCAAGGAGCUGUACUCUGUUUAGUUUGGUAAAUGCAUUGGUAGACUUGUUGCCAGCUACUGUGCAGAUAGUAAAGAUAGCCAAGGUGCUGUACUGCUAUGGGAACCAUCCUAUGCCAGUGUGUGACAAAUUACUCCAAUCAUUCUCUCUCUCCCAAACCUUCUUUUUGCCUGUCUUCCCUAACUCAUUUGCUUUUUUCUCUUUCUCUGUUUUUUGCUCUUCCUUUUUCCUGCCUUUUUUUCCCAUUUUCCUUUUCUCUUUCUGUCUCUUUCUGUCAUUUUCUCCUCUUUCUGCCUUUGAUUCAGCUCUGCGCUAUUCUACUUAACCCACUACCUCACUACUUUCUCUCUAAAGGCUGAUCUCUUAUACUCUCUUAUUUCUUUAACUGCCAAUGCAGGUCAAUGAAUCAGCUAAUAUUUGCCCAGUUUGUUUGCAGGUCUGAUCUGAUCAUUCCAACAAAGGAAUACAAGCAUAGGCAGAUCCAUUGGGAGAUAUAGGGAGGUUGCAGUCAGUAUCUGUCUACCAUUUGUGCUCUGCAUGUUACUUGAAAAAGAUGCAGCCAGCAGCUAUUCACAUUUUGUCUCACCAUGUGCAGACACCAUCUGAAGAGUAUAAAAGUAUCCCCCCCUAAAAAAAAAUCUUGCCUCUCGGUGCCAUAGUGCAUAUUUUUUACAUAAAAAUAACUCCUGCAUACACCAUCCUUUAUACAUAGCUUGUGCACUGAGUUUUUUUGGAAUCUAGACACCCAUGCUAUGAUCUACACUGUUCUCUUAUUGUAAUUUGCAGCUAUUUUGUGGUUGAUUUCAAAUCAAUUUCUUAAUUUUGUUUGUUAAUUGCUCAUGGAAUAAAAACAUAUUGUAUUGCUAAUAAACUACAUAAUUAUUUUU